UUAAUAGGUAUAUUAUUCCUAAGUUUUUUCAAAUAUCCUGUUUAUCGUCAUCAUCAAGAAUGAGUAAUGAAAGUUUGCCUAUACCACGGCUUUGCUGUUCAGCGACACAAUCUUAUAAAGAGCCAACGCACACGAUAGGUUACGGAUCGGACAUCGACGUACGAGCAAUCACUAUAGGAAAUAAUCGUAACGACUAUCACUACAAUAUAAUGUCUAAGCAGUAUUAUAAAAUGUAUGAACACGAUGAGAUUCCCGUUCAAGAUAACACUGGCUUCGUUAGUUUAAGUAAAGCCGCGGAAAAUGGGAAAGGGGACAGAAAACUUAAAUCGGGAACUACGCUCGAUUUAGAACAAAUAGAAAUGAACCUAAAUAACACUCUAUCUUAUAAUCUUCAUACCGACAGCAGCUUCGCGCCCAGUCUUGAGUCAAAUAUAAAACUUUUCAAGACAACUGUACAAGAAAUUUUCGAUAAAUUCUACCACUGCAUGAGCGAUAUAGAACAAUAUAAAAUGCGCUUCAAUAAAAUAUUAACAAAGAUAAAAGACGAUCCGAUAGCAGAUAUGGAGAACUUUAUAAAAGACAUGCUUCAAGAUAUUAUUUCAUCAGAUUCAUCGGUUUCUUUCCCCGUUUCUAAAAUACCAAGAGCUUUGUGCAGUAAAGAUGCGACCGUUGAAGUAAAUUGUGAAGGUAACGAGGAGUACAAGGUCUCCGGAAACAAUUUAUUUCCAGAAGGAUUUAAAACAACAAUCGAAGCGUACAAGAACGACAACUACAAAUCAGAUUCCAAUACGGAUGACGUUAGCUCCAGUCACAAGUCUAAGAAAGGAGUAUUCUAUAUAAACCUGCUAAACAGCCACCGCUGCGUUCAGAUUAAACUGAACAACCGGGAUAUGGUCUCGGAAAUAAACAUUCGGGAUCAAAUGGUGAAGGAUGAUAAAAUCGACGAAGCAGUCUCGGCCGAUAACAUCAAGAAAUUAAAAGCGAAAGAAAUGGAAGCGAUGUCUUUGAGAGAUCGGAGUGUGGACCAGGGCGACGAAAAGGACAUUCCGGUCAGAAUCGUAAAUCCAAAGAAAAAUAUACAUCUCGAUCAAGAUUUCACUAAUGACGUAGAUGACGAUUCGAAGCGUUCGAUAAUUUACAAAAUAUGCAACUACUUUUGCAAGAAAUUACGCAGGGCUUGUUGAGUUCGGUAUCGUUUUUGAAUUAAUAAAAGUUGUUUUCGUUGGGAA